AGCUCUCUGCCAGGAUUCGUUCCCAGCACGUCCUGUUUUCAGCUGGGUCGGGUAUGUUUGGAAAACAGGGUCCAGGACCCACUCUUCUGUAGCCUGUGUGGUCACACGGCCAAUGCCAUGGGACUCGGAGACCUUCAUGGCCCGUACCUCCCAAGCGGUCCGUCCGUUAAGGUAGACAAGAACUGUGCGACCGUAGAAGCAGGAGACGACGACUUCCACAGACUCACCAAUUCUGUAAGUUCCUCAGAAAACAGAUGUUGCGGACACGAGCGCUCUCCCGUUGUCAGACACAUACCCGACUGCAACGCCAGCCCUCUACCCAAAGGGAACGUGCAAGUGAAUGAGUCCUGGAUCCAUGAGGACUGCGGCAUCUGGUCUGCCGGCGUUUUCCUUGUCAAAGGAAAGCUAUACGGGUUACAGGAGGCAGCCCAGCUCGCACGACAAACUGUUUGUUCACUUUGCCAACAAACAGGUGCAAUAAUGGGCUGUUUCCAGAAAGGCUGCCCGAGAAACUAUCACUACAGAUGUGCCAUUCAGUCAGGUUGCGUCCUGAAUGAAGAGAAUUUCUCGAUGAGAUGUUCAGAGCACAAGCAGAACAAACUGUUCACCAGAGGAACCAGACAUCGUAGGAGAUGACACAGACGACCACACACAGGCCCUGGAGAGAUAUGUGUUCUAACCAUUUAGAAGAAUCCCAUCAUAGAGACACAUUAUUUCCCAGCUGCACUAACAGCAAGGUGUAACGUUCCGUUGGCGUUCUACCUGGUCAGCGCUUCCUUUUUGGUCAGCUGACACACUUAGUUGAACGUAGACUAGGUCAGGUCCACGAACAUACCACCAGGAAACCACUCACUCUUCUUGAUAAAUAUUUCCCCCCCCAUUGUUGGUUCCAAUCCGAAAGAAGAGCCAAUAACACCUACUGUAGGCGGAGAGACUGACCUUUUUUCAAAAAAAAAAAAAAAAAAAAA